UCUCACUAACAGCCGUUGACGUAGCCUUCUUUGGCACUGGGUUUUAACAGAGGCGCAGUCAGUGAAGGAGCAGAGAAAAGUGCUUUGAGACAAAGGGAAAUUUGGGGAAACAGGAGAGUGAAGUGGUGAGGAGGUUUGGAGUGUUGUGUUUUGGCACACGAUGUUACAGUCGUGCUGUCCUGCGCGCUUCAAACCCUGCGUGGAGCUUUGGAGUGGGCACUACUGGUGUCCUCUCAUAUUCACAGCAGCAGCAACCAGUUGGUUUUGAGCAUCAGGUGAGCGUUUCAGGCUAGAUUCCUGCUCCCUCUCUUGCUUUUUUUAAUUGGUUUUCACUUUCAAGAGAUGAGCACAGGGAAGUUACGCACCAGAACAAGUAUGACCAAAGAGGAUCCGCGCCCUGACGCGCUCCAGUGCAUGCUGGACGCUUGAGAGUGAGGACUAGUAUGAAGCGCCAUGGGUUGGUGUGACCGCGGGGUUCAAACGCUCCUGGCCACCGUGGGGGCUUUCGCCGCCUUCAGCCUGAUGACCAUCGCCAUCGGCACGGACUACUGGCUCUAUUCGCGGGCGUACAUCUGCAACGGCACCAAUGCCACGGCAGACGAGACCCAAUCGCAGCCCAAAUCCAAAAAGGGCGAUCUCACCCACUCCGGGCUGUGGAGGAUCUGCUGUAUUGAAGGUAAGUCUGCGUGUCCCGGGUUCUGGGUGGGCAUCUGGCCCAGUUUGCACUGUUCACUGUUCUUUUAGCUCGUCAUAUUGUCUGGAUUUGCCGAGGAGUGGUUUAUUUUUUGUUUCCAAGUGCGCACAGGGACGCACCCCCUUUACGCACACCCAGUGUCUCAGUCUAUAGUUGCAGAAACCACACAGGAGGAUGAUCUAACAGGUGGAAUAACUUUAAGAGUAUGCAUUAAGUGUCGUUACGCACAGGAACGUUUUUUUUUCAAGUGGCAAAUUCCCGAGAAACAAACGGCUGAUGUCUGUCUGCGCGCUCAUCUCAAGCUGUCUGCCAACUGUUACAUCGCGUUUCUCUCUCUCUCUAUCUCUCUCCUCCGGCACAAGCCCACACAGUAAACACGUCUGUCUGUGCUAUAGUCUGCAGAAUAAGGCGAAGCCAAGCCGGCGCGUCUGAGCCCAUUCACUUUUAGACCGGUCUCUGCCAGGAAGUGUGCGCGCUGUUCGUCUACUUUCAUUCAUGUCUUUAUUGUAUCCGAUGCUGUUGCUUGGCAACAUCACUGAAAUCGCUAUGGAAACAUGCCCGGUGAUUUAAAAAUAGAUGACUCUGAGUUCACGUCAUGUCCGAGUAAAAGAUAAAUCAGCUUUUUAUGUAAGAAAACGACUCGAACAUCUCCUCUUUGGUGUUUUUCUCAUGUUGGAGCGCCUUUUUUUCAGGUUUUUACGCGUCGAUGUUCAGCGCGCUGGCGGUGACGUCUCACUUCAGAGGCAGACAGACUCUCAUUCAUGGACCAGUCCUCCUUCCGGCCACCCCUUGACUUCUCCUCUAAGCUUUCAGUGAAUGAGUCGGUGUUGCUGGAUGGGAGAUUUUGUGUCACAGACGCCUGUCAUGACGCAGAGACUCACGGUGACAGAUUUGUGAAAAAUGUCCCCAAACUCUCAGUUUCGCUCACUUGUUGAAGGAGGUUUGAGCGCAACACUCCGGAUCUCUUAAUCCUCAAACACUGAAACGCACAUGCUGCUGAAAAUUAAAGCUCGGUCCAUUUUCAACAAACUUUAAUCAAACUGCAAAAAGAGCUUUGCAGAGAUUCGUGUGCUUCUCAUGUUUUGUACUUUGGAGGAGGUGUCCACCCUGUGUGCAGCACAUUGUGUUCCUGCAGCUUGAACAUCGGAGCUGAGACGUUACAACCUCUUUCUCCUCCGUCUCUGGUGCAUCAUUAUAUCAGUGAGGCUGGAGGAUAACUAGAAAAACUUGUGAUAUAUAUCAUGAGGCAAAUUCAGUUGAUUGCAAUCACAUAUGUGGGGAAAAUCUUUGUCAGUUUUGCUUCUUCAUUUCUCCCUUGGCACUACAACAUCAAAAACAGGUGUGACUCUGUAGUGGAAAUCACUGCACAGACUGAAAUUCCCUCACAUUUUUUUCUCAUUUCUGCAGCAUUAUAGACUGAAAACAUUCUAUCAGGUGCUGCAAGUUUAACACAUUUACCUCUUUUUUAAUCUCCAACCUAUAUGUCUCCACUGAUGGUCUUUCAACUCACAUUUUUAUGCAUAUCCAGUCAGUACUGCUUCUUCAUUUCUCCACAACAUGAAAAACAGAUGUGACUCUGUAGUGGAAAUCACUGCAUGCACUGAAAUGCCCUCACAAAAACUGAGAACACUUCUUUUUCUAAUUUCUGCAGCAUUAAAGACUGAAAACAUUUUAUCAGGCGCUGUAAGUUUAACACAUUUACCUUUUUUUUAUUAAAUCUCCAACCUUUAUGUUUCCACUGAAGGUCUUUCAAUUCAUAUUUUCAUGCAUAUCCAGUCAAUACACCUCUUUGAGAGUAAAAACCUCAGUCAGUUCUGUUUCUCUUUCCACAAAGCAGCUCAAUAUUUCUAAUUUCAGGACACAAAAGCGUGUUUUUAUUCGUCUUAUUCACAUCCUAAAUGAUGAAGCUGUUCCUUAGUUUGCUCUCGACUAAAGAUGCUUUAGAUCAGACGUGUAAGAAAAAAAAACUCAUCCUGGCAUGUUAUGACAUCUGUAAUUUACUGGGCUCCAUGCCUGGCUGAGCACCUGUCUGCGACGUGGACAGACACACAGUCUGCAUUAUUCCCUCUAUGACCCCCAGAAAUGGAAAUAAAUGACAAAAAGCCAGCCAACUAUUCUGUCAAGGCUGAUUUCCUAUCUCUUUGAAGUAAAUAAUGAAAGUGGAUUAAUGACGGCAGCAGGGACUGAAUUGAUGUUGAUGAGGUCGGGGACAAAGACCGUCUCUGUGCGAUUGAGUUUUUAAAGACAAACAAAGAGGAUCUCAUGAUAUCCUCUCGAAUAGUUUCACCCCUGCGCCUCUGUUUAAAACUUCAAGAUGCUGGACGGUGGCUCUGUUGUCAUGGAGACUCAUAAGUAUAGAGGAGAAGAUGAGGAAGGAAGAUUCAACACAUACACCCCUCCUCCACACACACACACACACACCUCUGGUCAUAAUGACAAACACACUGUGUUAUUGACAGGGACGGCUCUGUGUGUUUCGCAGCUACUGGACAAAAAAAAAAAAAAAAGCAUCACCACGUUUGGCUGAACAGAUUGCAGCGACAACAUGUCUUUCUCCAAGCGACAAAAACAUUUGAACAACACACAUGGCGGUGGCGGCGAUGGUGGCGAUGGCGGCGGCACACUCCAGCCCGGCUCUCCUCUAAUAAUGAAUGUGUUUCAGUGUUUCCGAUGACAUUUAAGGAGCAGGAGGGAAACACAUCUGAUGAGUUUUUUUCCACUCUGAGACCCUCAUUUAUGGCGUCCUUUGGAUCCCAGCAGCUGUUUGGAGCUGAUUCCUCUCCUCUGUGUUUAUGCUCCCACAUGUGAGGCCGGGGUAGCAUUAAGUGCCCCUAAUUUGCAUCAGAAUCAGCGAUGCAUCAGAGGCUGUUACUCCUUUGGAUAAAACCAACUCUGACAAUGAGGAAUAACCUCGUGACUCAUCCAAUUAACGAGAAGAUAUUUACAGUAAACAGCGGCGAGGCAGCUGUUCUCACUUACUGUACGUGUGAUAAGGAAAGGUUUGUCUGGUCAGGGGGCAGGGGGGUCACUCCGUUAUUCCCAUCAUGCUCUGCUGGCCUGUAAUUAAAAACACAACAACCAAGAAGCCAUGCGGGGGCACUAAUUGAGCAGCAGGACCAAACUUCCAGCUCAGUCAAUCCGUCUUCUGUCCUCUUCCAGACGGCCUCUAUCCCCUCUUAAAAUUUUAACUCCUCCAUUGUCUCUUUUUUCAUCUCGGGCUUUUCUCCGCCAAUGUUAAUUAACACUCUGUCACCCUUUUCAGACCCUCUAACCCUCCGCCCCGUUUUCAAUUUGGAGACAUUGGAUUUCACUUCUUUUCUUCUCUUGUGAGGGAAAAGGUUUGAAACUUAGUGGAAACUUUGCUAACAUUAUUAUGCCUGUUAAAAGGUCCAAUGAGAGUUUUUUGACGUUUAUAAAAUAAACGAAAAUUCAAAUUGAUGUUUGAUACAAGACCAUAAACUACAAGAUUGACCAUUUUUAUACUGUUUUCCUCUCUUGGACCACUCUUGGCAAACUCCAGGCUUCAGGAAUUAAACAAAUACUUAAGUGCGAAUAACUGCAGUUCCACAAGUCGCCACUUGGGGCUACCACAAAAAAGCAAACUUUUAGAGACCCACUCUGAUGAAAAUCACGCUUUUCUUGUUGUCUACGUGUUUGUAUGUGAUUUUUCUGAUGCUACCAGACAUAUCAUGAGAAAAAUACUGUAUUUUUCGCACUAAAGGCGCACUUAAAAUCCUUUGGGCUUGUCGAAGCACUGCAGCUACCGUAGCCUCCCAGAGUUAUUGACUGUUUCGUUUGGCUAAUGCGCUUUAUAAUCCGGUGCGCCUUAAGUAUGAAAGUAGACACGAAUAGACGCGUUCAUUGAUGGUGCGCCUUACAAUCAGGUGCGAAAAACACGUUAAGUGCAAAAUUGCAUUUCUGAGUAUUUCUGCAUUCCGAUCACGACAAAUCUCUCAUAGGCGCAAACUGCAGGUUCAGAUUCUGUGAGAUUUCUUACGUAGCAAAUCUAAACUCCGCCCCCGCAGCCCCGCUCUGCAGGCGACACUCAGAAAACUAGACGGCGAUUGUGUAACAAGCGUGUGCAUUAGCGGAUUGCAAUUCUCAUAAGAAAGCUAAUUAUGACAGUAACUGUCAUCAUGUCCCCAAAGACAUUGGUGUCCGAAAGCUGAUUAGCUCCUAUGUUACCUGCUACUUCUACUACACCGACAAUGUUGGACUACAAUAUAGCGUGAGGAAGAGCGUGCAGAGCAGCGCUGUCUCCGCCCACGACUCAGAGGUGAAUUGCUAAUGAGCUACUGGAGCUCUGCAGAAGAAAAAACCUUGAAAAUGACCCAGGUAACGUGAUUUUAGAUUUAAAGACCACUGAGAACAUUUUAAGUAGUAAAAAAAUGAUUGGAGUGGGACUUUAAGUGCUAAUAACUGCAAUUUCCCAAGUCACCACUUGAGGCUGUCUGCAGAAGUAGGGGAAACUACAAACACACUAACACAAAAAAGCAAGAUAUUAAGAUGUAAAGAUGGAGGCCAGUUUAUUUACGGUACGUUAACCAAAAGUUAGGUUGAGUCGGCUUUUUCAAUAUGGUCUCAAAGCUCUGCUCCAAGAACAAACUAGAGACCUUACUAAUACUACGUUCAGUUAUUAUCCAGUCUAUGUUACUCACCCCUGCAGAUGAAGAUUACCACACAGGAUCUGUGGUUUUGGAGGUUUAUCCAGUCAUCUUAUCCUCCACAGUUUGGGUCUCAUCAAAGUUGCUCCCAUCCUCAAAUUUGCCCAUUUUCCUGGAUGAAGAAGAAGCAGCAGCUGCUCGCGAACCGGCUGUAGAAACUCACUGAAAGAUGAUCAGACACUUUUAAAAAAUGGACGUUCAAGAGCUUGAGUUUGUUCAGGUUAAUAACGAAUUUAAAGUAAAUAAAUAAAACAAAAUAAAAGCAUCUUUUGACGCUGCAAAAAGAUAUUCAAACAAAAUUUCACCUGUCAGAGAGGAUAGUAUUACGGCUGAUGCAGAUUUUCAUCAUCCAAAAGAAAAAAAAAAGCUUCAACUUUUCAUUUCCGCAGACUCAUUAGGUCAUUAUCAGAGUCAGUUUGGCAGGUCACAUGAGGAUUCUUCUGUUUCUGAAAUCGACGGAAAAGUUUGAAAAAGAAACAGAGAGAAAUUAGGGACAAGAUUUCAGCGAAGAUAACAAUCAACAUCCAAACAUGACAGGUGGGGAUUUGGCAAAUCUGAAUUCACACCUUGACUAACGAAGAUUCCAGUUUUCAUGGGGAAUAAUUAGGCGACUGUUUGUCUUCCCUUCACAGUCUGGAGACAGCAUCAGGCUCAACCCACAAAGGAAAUACUCAUUUUUUCUGUGUCUCAAACAAAACAGUCUGAACUCUCCCGUUAAGAAGCCAUUAUAUAUGUACAUUUUAAAGUAGUCGGAGAUGACAGCCUUCACAGCAUGAGGUGAUAAAUCUCAGUUUUCAUCCAGCGUCGUGGAAUCAGAUGCACGGUCUAACCCGAGACGGGCCGUGUUUGAAGAAAUCGCUGCCUGGUGACAAUUUAAUUAACCAACUGUCAGUCAUAUCAUCACUGGAUCACUGACGCCGUCGCCAAAUUGCUUUUCUCUCAUCCUCACUUAGACUGGGAGAAGAAAAAAAAAACAUUAGAGGGGUUUGUUUGAUUGCACAGAUGCUUCUUGGUGUUUCCUGCUUCCAGAGUAAUAAACGUAUGUGAGUGUGCAGGAGCUCUGUGUGCAUGUCUGCGUUUGAUAUGGAGCCCCAGAACCAGAGCUCUCUCUGUUUACACCUUCAUAAAACCUAAUCAUCCUACCUGCGCUCGGGCUCGUCAGUGUUCACACUCUUCAUCACAGAUCUGAGAACAACACGCACAAGGACAAAAGCAGAAAGAGCGACGGUGCGGCUACUGUAAAUCUGUUAUGUGCAACAUUAACCCUCCGGGGGGUCGUGCAGAUCCAGGGAAACGCGGCGAGAGAGCCACUUUGGGUUUUCUCUUCAUCAAUCUAUUUGCAGAGCUACUGAGGUGCGAAAAUGAGGAAGUGGGGGCAUGUGUCCCAUGGAGCUCGUUGUCAUGGUAUACAACACUCCUGGAGACACCAGAAUGAGCGAGUGUUGGGCUCAACGGGACGAUGUGAUUGGUUUAAUCCACCGAGGCUGCUCCCUUAUUGGCUGAGCCGCGUUAAUUCACAAUAAUGACAACGUGCAUCAUCUUGUUGCCUGUGGCACCACAGCUGUGACAGCUGCUCCACAUACAGGCUGUGUAGGUGUCAGGUGUGUGUGUACGUAUGUGUGUGUACUAACAUGUGUCCGCGCUGUUAAGUGUCGAUGGAUAAAAGCCUGAAAAUGAAGAAGAGCUGUCUGUAAUUUGUGGGCAUGAGAACUCAAUGAAGAUAUCAGAGACUUCCUCUGGGGUUGUUUAUGUAAAUGAGCUUAUUAAAGACUGACUGGGGUUGCCAUGGAGAAGAGGAGGAGAUGCUCUGGGAUCCCGAGAUAAUGUUUUAUCUCCUGUGAAUCACAACAUGAUCUCCUUAUCGCAUCAAUUUCAACCACUUUAAAACCCGGUGUUACCUAUUUAAAAUAUUUUGGGGAGAUUCUUUGGAUAAGAAAACACCAGGGCUGAGGAGACAAAACUGCAGUUCCUCUUAAGGCCACUAGAGGCUGGCUCCAACAGUAACUUAAUCCUCAUUAGGCUUCAUAUAAAAAGUCCUGGUGGAUGAAAAAUAAAGAUGUUUUUAAGCCAAUAUCUAAUAUUGUUUACUGUGCGGCUUCUUGCAAAAGACACCACUAGCAAGGACCCCCUCAGGCCCUCAUGGACUCAUGCACUGCCUACCUGAUACCAUUAAAGUCGGUCAGGGUUCAGAUCUCAGGCUGCAGGGUGGAUAUUAAGAUUAACCAAGAGUCACUUCUGGUUCCAAAAAAUCCAACAUGGAGACUUUUACAGUUCUUCCUGAUUAUAUUCGACUGUCAGCUUCACGUUGUGUUUAAAGCUUCUGAACAUGCAAAGCUCUCUCUCCCGGUCGCUGAUAUCUGUCUCUCGUCAUGAUUUUGCAUUGGCCUCUGACUGCAGGUUAUUAUCUGGAGAGAAAAGAUUAGAUCCCACAGAGGAAACCACGAUGACAGACUAAGAAUACAGAUAGACAUGCAACAGCGAGGUUUGAGGGUUUGCCAUCUUGAUAGCUAAUCUGGAUACGGUUUACAUUUUGAUAUCAGGUGAAGCUGGGAGGUUUUACUUUAAAGAUGUGUUCGGGUCACAUUUUCUCUCAUUUCUGCACAACCUUGAAAGCCUAAUCCCACGGUUUCCUCUCCUGGCUCCUCUUUCCUCUCUCUGAGCCCCUCUCCCCACAUUAAAGCCCCUCUUUAAUGUGGCCUCCGAUGGUUUUCCAUCAUUCCUCCGCUCCCUGUGCUUUUGUUCUUUCAUUUCCUCCUACCUCGUUCCCUUGUUUAAUCUCUGCUCCCCCCCCACUUCCUCCCUCCUAGCUAGUCAGUAUUCAGACUUUAUUUCAUUUCAUGAGGGGUCCAUCUGACAAACACACACACACGCACACACACACACAAAAUAAACGUAGACAUCGAGCUGAUAACUGUCACUCAUAAAUCACGCGCCCCGAGGCCUCGGCUCAUAAUCAGAUUCCAAUCAGUUGCAAUAUUGUCUUCUAUUUCUUUAUCUCUCUUGCACACAGACACACACACAAACACACACACACUCACAAACAUGCAAAGACACACACACACACUCUCUCUCUCUCGGGCAGCGGAUGAGAAAUGUUGUUUUUAAGUCAAAACUGAAUAGAAAGGUUGAAGGUUCACAGCGGAUGUUUUUUUUGUGUAAGAGCACUUUGACAUUUUAUUUUAAGCAGGUAAGACACACACACAUGCACGCACACACACACUAAUAAAAGUGCACAUAUAAAACAGCUACAAGCCCUGGAGCUGCACCAGGAUUGAGUGUUUACACGGUAAUUAACAGCACAGCAAAGGUGUCUCUGUUUUUUGCCAUCUUCACUCUUGUGUUACUGAUCCAGCCACAUGUUUUUCUUCGUUUUUUUUCACACACACACACACACAGACACACACGGCACAAAGUCUCACAUCGCUGCUUUAAAUAGUCCUCAGCCCUUUUCCUCCACCAGUGACUAGACACAGAAACUUGUGCUCCAUUUCCACCCGCUGAUUCGACGCUAAUUAAUUUGAUGUCCCUUGUUAAGCAGCAGACCUAGUUAAUGGAAACAUGCCCUUAAAAGCGGCGGCACAGACGACGAUGGUUAUUGACCUUUCUGCACCCGGGGAGCCCAGAUGACAGGUGUCUGUCAGUCAUCUGCAGAUAAUAACGACAACAACUAUGAGACGCUGGCUCUAAUCACUGCGGCCUGUGAGGCUGUUACUGAGGACAGAAAUAAAAGGCUUAUUUGAGUUAUUUUGUCUUAUAAUUUUAAAGGCUUUUUUGCUUUUAGUGGCAAGGACAGGAAACUUGGAGAGUAGAGACACAGUAAGAGGUCAUGGCCACAUGUCGAAUUAGGGGCUGUAGCCUCAAAUCCUGGGGUGCAUUUAAAGGUCCUGUGGGGAACUCUAUGUUUGGCUCAGAUCUGGCGCCCCCCUGUGGACAAAGCAGUCUUUUUUUAUCUUGUCCCCUACAUGCUUGAGUAACAAUUUUCGACAAUAAUCUCAUGCGGUUGACCUAAGAAUAUUUUAAAGUAGAAACUGUAAAAUCACGGCUGUUUCUUUAACUGCUCACUGACACCUACCCCCUGACACUAGUUUGAAGGAUUAAAAAAAUUACACUUUAAAUAUAAUCAAACAUGUUGCUGAUGAGUUUUUUUGCUUUAAGUUGCCAUGUUAAAGGAUCAAUAUGAAUUUCAGUCUAUUCUUUAAACUUUAAAACCCCCUCACAGGAGCUUUAAACCAUGAUUGACACUAACAGUAACCCAAAAGUCUAUUUCUAACACUGGAAAUCUUCUUUUUUUAAGUUAUUUAACAAAGUUUUGUAGAGAUGUUACAAAAGAAAGAGAGCUGUUUUGCUUAUUUCCUUCAUGACUCACCAAAAAGCGCCGGCUGCAAGCUUGAGUACGACCUUUACGGUGUCACAACUCUUCUGCAACAACUCGUUUUUGUUUAUCUAAUCUUCUGGACUCAAACUCAACACAAACAUUUCCAGAUACUUCACUAUGGACUACAUGACACUGGUUAGAUUAGUUUUUACAUAUUCAGAUUGCAUUUGUGUCAAAUGAUGUUUUCCAGGACACCUGAUUCAAAGUCACACAUGCAGAUUUAAGUCCAGGUGUUGUUGCGCUUCAUACUAGGACUCCUGAAAGUCUUCUAGUCCAAUCUAGUUUUCAUUUCUCUGUUUAUUUGCAUGAGUUAUGGCUCCAUGUAUUAAAGAGGCACCAUGCAUGGCUAAAUUGUAAUUCCUGUCCCGGGUUAGACUUACAUGUGUGCAGACAGUGUGCAUAUAUAUUGUUUUAUCCUCUUUAAGUCAUCCCAUAGUUUCAUACAGCUGACUGAUUUUUUUUCUUUAUUUUGCUGCCAAAUAGUCUCCAGAUCUGGUUCCACUUCUUCGUUUAUUCUCCAGUUGACAGAAUAUUUCUGGUUCAUGUGUUUAAGAAUCAGUUUUUAUGAAUGAAGGAUUGACAGAACUAUCAAAACUCAGUAAACGAUUCUUCAUGAAUCACUAAUAGUUGAAUGAAAGCCAAUCAUAACUUGGCAAAAGUAUAAAAACAACAUUUCUGUCACUGAGCUGGGAGAGUUUUGAGUCAGCUAGUUUUCUGUCUGACUGAUCUCAGCUGUGACCGCAUGGACGCAGUUUGAGGGAGGUCCCUGCUGGUUUAGGGAGAGGGGGGUUUGACGCUGGUUUGGUUGAUGAAUGUUGAAGAUUGCUGCUAUGUUGUGACUGAACCUCUCUUCAGUAAUGCAAAGGAGAGCACUGACAACUAAUUGCUGAAGUUACAAGUUUGAGAGCAACUUGCACAAUAAACCGUGUAUAGAUGUUUUAUUUGAUUAUGUUUGAGUGACAUAAAAGGUCUAUUUUUAUCAAAUUCUUACGAAUCCAUUUUGAGUAAACAGCUGUGCAAUUCAAGAGUAAUGGUGGUCAUGCCCCGGUAUAGGCCCUCUACUAUGCAAAACUCAAAACACAAGAUUAUUUUGACCAUUUCUUUUUUGAGAGUAAAUGUCAUAUUAAACAAGUCGAGAUCAAGUAUAGAUAAAGAUAUUAUUUCAAGAUAUUAAAAGCCAAAAAAAAGAAGACCAGAGGUUAAAAAACUCAAACAAUACUUGGACACACGGACACACAUGUGCGGUCUCCUCUCCAAUCAGAGACUCUCUGAUCUGAAUAUGCAGACGCUGUUUCUUUAAUGAUGUAUUCAAGUGCUUCAUGUUGUCUUAUUAUUAUAAUUGCUUUAUGUGCUUUGAAGGAACCAUAUGUUGUGCAGAUGUAGGGACAGCAUGUAAAGCUAAAGCUUAAUGAAUGAUCACUUGUUUUUCUCUGUUUAUAGAAACAGAUGGAUGCAAAGAUACGAAACAUUAAAAGAGGAUUUCUGCAGAUUAUGUGGAAGAAUGCAAAUAAAACCACGACCCGGUCCACUGUUAAUUCUGUGGGUGUUGUUAGCAGAAAAACUCAAGUGUGGAGGGUAUUCAAAGUCCAAAUGGUGAAUGAAUAACCUGAGAGCUCUCAGCAUUACCGCCGCUGCUCUGAACACAUCCAUUAACCCCACCCCCACCUCUUUUUCUGCAGACAAGGUGUUGUUUACUCUGCGGCUCAAUUAGAGCUACAGGCUUCUCUAUGGCUUUAACCUCUCCGUCUCUCUCACCCUUAUCCAUCCUCUCGUUCUAACUCGGCUCGGCGUUAAAAGCUUCCUGCCCGCGCUCUUUUGUUGUUCAAAUAGGCUCCUUGUUUCCCCCGCCGCUCAACUAUUCACCUGAGCUGGAUUUGGACACGCGCCGCAGCCCGUCGAAUCCCUCUGGGCACCACAAUCUUAAUCCCACCGCCGUGGAGCGUACGCACUGAUCCUCAGAAACACAAACCACACUUUCGCAUAUUGGUUUCUCCUUUCUAAUAUAUGUGUGCACUGAGCUGUGAUGUGUAGGUUUCCAGGAUUCAUGGCUGAUGUAGGGCGCGAUACAACAACAACAACAACAACAACCUUUUACCGACACCAACUGUUAGAAAUCUCAGGUUAAAUGUCAAACCUUCUUUCAGAGAAAGGGAAAAGUCAGCCAAGAGUUGAUUUAUGUCUCAAAUGAACUAUAGGGAGUGGAUAAUGAAAAAAUGAAUGAAGCAAUAAGUGUAAAAGACUUAAAUAUCAUAGAAAAAAGAAACUUUUCUAUUAGGCAACACUGAACUGCCAGAGUAAAUAUCUCUCGAAUAACAGAUGUUGUCAGUAAAAUUUGGCACAGAUGAUGUGUUUCUUGAUUUAAAACCCUGAUCAAUCAAUCCAUCAAUCAGUUCCUCAGUUGAUUAGUCAGGCAGACAGUAAGCCACUAUAUAAGACAGACAGAAAACCAAUGAACAAAUGAAUCAAUCAGAAAACCAACAGACCAACCAACCAGCCCAACAACCGAUCAUCCUUCUGGCCGACCAAGUGAUUAAUCUAAAAGCAAAACAACCAAACAGCCAAGCCUCUGACCUGCUAAUGAACCAACCAUUUAACCACCGAACCAAGUAAUUAAUCAACCACCCAACCAACUAACCAACAAACCAACCAACAAACCAAACAACCAAGCCUCUGACCUUCUAAUGAACCAACCAGUUAAGCACCCAACCAAACACUCAACCAAACAAACAACCAAAUAAUAAAACAAUCAACCAACAGCCAGGCAACAGACCAACCAACCAACCAACCCAACAACAAAUCAUCCAACCAACCAACCAACCAAGUUAUUAAUCUACGAGCAAAACAACCAAUUAACCAACCAACCAAACAACCAACACAUUACUCCACUAAACUGAUCAUCCACUCAACCAACCAACCAACCAACAAAUCAAUCAACCAUGUGAUCAACUGUCCAACCAAUCAGAGGCAGCUGUGGUUCAGUGAUAGAGUCGGUUGUUUCUCACAUGCCAGAAGUCUCCUUGGGCAAGACACUCGACCUUCUGAACCUAGCGGUGUGUGAAUGAGUUUAAUUAGAAACUAGUAAACUCCAUAUUAGUGUAUGAAAGUGACAUGUAAUGUGAAAGCACAAGAAGACAAAGGAUUAUCUACCAUUUACCAACUAACCAACCGACCAAGGGACUAUUGACCAGUCCCAUAAAUAACCAACAAACCAUCACAAUCAAGCUUUUUGCAGCGUCACUGAAACCUUUGGCAGAACCAAAAACUUUUAUAGGACAUAACUCUUCCUGUUCAGCAAAUAAAACAGAUUGAUGAUUAAAGGUGUGACCAUUAAGAUGCCAUCAUUUGCUUACCGCUCAAACAUCUCUUGAACCCACACCAAACCAUAAACCAGCCUCCUCUCCUUGUUUUCUUUGUCCCGCAGGCAUCAAUCAGGGCAGCUGUUACAGAAUCAACCACUUCCCUGACGACAAUGACUACGACACUGACAGCUCUGAAUACCUGCUGCGUAAGUGCUCCUCUCUCUUUCCUUUUUGUCUGGCAUCGAUAAAAAGUCCAGGUCUAUCAUUUCUGCAAGUACUCAGGAAGUUUGCUGGCCUUCAGCUUCUCAGCGUUUUGCAGACAAACAGGAGACGCUUUCAGGAAGAGACAGCAUUCAAGAACAUUUUCAGGGUUAUGAGUUUUAUUCUAUGAGACUAUUUCUGAUACAAUAACUUUCUGUGUAGGUAAGAGCGCCUCUUAACUUUUUCACUUAUUAUUUUAAAGCAGUAAUCUUUUGUUAUAUAACCGCAAAAUUAAAUACACUCGGUCAGACACGACUGCAAGGUGCCGCAUUUGUUAGUCAUAUUCACACAGUCUCUGUGAGUUUUAAUUGACUCUCACACUUCGAGAAAAUGUUUCUUUUCUCGCAAAUUAAUUAACCUCAACCCCAUAAAAGAUAGCUCGACACUUUGGUUGAGCUCAAACGCAGAGGGGGCUCAUUAUUUUCCCUCUUAAGCACGAAAAACUGUUUUUAUGAGGCCAUAUUAUCUUGUUUUUGUUCUGUAAUUAUGCUGGGUCAUGGUCAGCAGCUUCAGUUAAAUGCAUUUAGGCCAAUCAUGUAAGAGGAGCUUGUUUACGGUAUCAAGAGGGUCAAAAAAAUGGCAUCCCAAAAAAACUCAAGGUGCAAAAAAAAGAAAGAGACGAAGCUUUGACAUAGAUUUUGAUUAGUUCUGUAAAAGAUGGGGAUAUUUAAUCAGCAAAGCACCUUCAUUUAAGACGCAGCCAAUUCAAUGUCCUUCUUUUAUGCAGAGAAGAACAAAGACGACUGAUCAGACUUUGGAUGAAGUCCAACCUGAGUCCAUUAAGCAGGGGGGGUGAGGCUGAAUAAGCUCAUCCAUUCUUGCUCGUUUAUAAAACGGCACAGUGAUUCAUUUCUGGGGAGGUGAUAGUCAGUGAGAGCUCUUGUUACAUCCCACAGCUGAUUAGCGAAGCUUUGUCACAACAAGGCCCCAAAGUGUAAAAGAUAAUGGAGUUCUUGAAAAAGGAUGGUGGAAGAGAAGGGCCUGGAUGGAUGAGGGCUGAGCAGGGUAAUGGAAAUUCAAAUUAUAAAAAGGACUCCAUUUUUUUAUAGUGCUACUAAAUGACUUUGCAUAUUCCACCAUUAGAGGACUGCAUUUAACCUACUUAUUGUUUCACCUCGGCAUCUUCAAAAUUAAUAGUAGUUUGAGUUCAGUUUCUUUCUUGCAGUGCAUGGAAAAAGUUCAGACUCUGAGAAGAAAAUUUAAGUAUACUGCUUCUCCUCAGAUGGCACUCCAGAAACUGAAAGUACAUGUUUAACUAAUGCGCUCGAUAUUUACCUGUUCAAGGAGAUGUUAUCCCAUCUAUUGAGGUUGAAUUGGUCCGUGAUAUUGGGUGCAUAAAUAAAAAUAAAUUGAUUAGGACAGCCGAGCCAACUACCCCUGACCAAUCCAACUGGCAAACGACAGGACAUGCUUCCUCUGCAAGCCCCACCCCAGUUCCUCCUUUUUACACUGUUCAAUCUCACCAACAUCGUAGGUACUAUCACUAAAGUCAUGUGUCCUUGCUGAUGCUCUCCCUGCCUUGGCUUUGGCAUACCACAAGGAGAUCUCAGAACAGAGCAAUUCCACCAAAUCUACCGUAACUUGUUGCAUGCAAGUCAUGCAAACAAUAAUGCAUUUUGGGAUUGAACAAACACGGUGCAAAGGUACAAACUUCCAAAUCUUUCCUUUAGUGCAGAUCAUGACUUUGCAUCUCUAGGAAAGUGUCACACAGUAAACCUGCUGCUUAAGGAACAGAGUUUGUAGCUUACUGGCGAUGUAUCCAACAGAUGCGUUAAAUUAUCGUGGAUAAUAGCUCACCCGACAGUCUCUACACUUUGUACUUGUUAUUUUGUCUGUGCAGGAAUCGUUCGUGCCUCCAGUGUUUUUCCCAUCCUUAGCACCAUCCUGUUGAUGCUAGGCGGACUCUGCGUCGGGUUGGGCCGAGUCUACAGCAAGACGAACAACGUCCUCCUCAGUGCAGGAAUCCUCUUUGUAGCUGCAGGUGAGUUUGAUCAGCGGGUUCCCCAGAGAGCAGCAAUCACAUCAAGACUGUGCUUGUCUGAUGAGGGAAGGCAGGUUGAUGUGGCACCUGUGGACACGUAUUGUACUUCAUCAAUGGUGCAAUCAUGAAGACAAAUCUAAUUCCUCGUCUGUGAAAGGUCAGGCUUCGCAUUCAUCACACACCUCAACCACAAGCGAUGAUGACGAAUUCCAUUAAGAGGAUGGUUGUUAUGGGAGUCUUGUAAUCACUGCCUGAUGAACACCUUCACACAGAGGGACUCCACAGGUGUCAUCACUGCUGUGGAGUCAGGAUGACUGAUGACUGUCUUUUCUUUUAAUCACAUACUUUCAUUUCCCUUUGCUUCCUUUGAAUCCUGAUUCUACUGUCUCUCUGUCCAGGUCUUAGCAACAUCAUCGGCAUCAUCGUUUACAUAUCGAGCAACGCAGGAGACCCCAACGACAAACGCGACGAUGACAAGAAGUACACUUACUCCUACGGAUGGUCCUUCUACUUUGGCGCCCUCUCCUUCAUCGUGGCUGAAACUGUCGCCGUCCUCGCCAUCAACAUCUACAUCGAGAAGAACAAAGAGGUCCGCUGGAGGGCGCGGCGAGAGUUCAUCCGUUCACUCUCUUCCUCUUCCCCGUACUCGAGGAUACCGAGCUUCCGCUACCGCCGGCGGACUUCGCAGGCCAGCUCUCACUCGACGGAGGCGUCUCGGGAGAACUCGCCAGUGACCAAUCUGAAAGGAGUGCCGUCCUCAAGCGGGCCCCUGGAUGAGCUGUCCAUGUACGCACUUGCGAGGGACAGUGUGACGGAGAAUACGUACAGCCCUGAACAUGAGGCAACGGCUGAGUUCCUCCAAGUCCAUAACUGUUUCCCCAAUGAUUUAAAAGACGGGGUGAAUCGCAGGACCACACCGGUGUGAGAGACGUGUUGGUGGACUCAGAGAUCAAAAAGAAGUCGAACAGAAAAUGUUAAAAAACCAGAGGGGGCUUAUUUGUUGAAGCCAAAGUGCUCAUGAAAGCCUGCCAUCUCGGAGACUCAGUUUUUAGAGACAUUGUCUUUUAUGACUGAAGUCCAAGAGGGUUGUUUGGACAGAAGAUGAGCCAACAGUCAUUUAUCUGCUUUCAAAAACCAUCAUCAGAGCAGAGUAGAGUAUUAUUGUCUGUGCUGUAGCUGAUAUGAAACUAGUGUUAUCUUUUAACUGUGGAAACGCUUAAGCGAGCAGCGUGUGGAUCAUGACCUCUGUUUGUGUAACUAAACAUUGUGGGUAAACUGAGAGUGACGUGUCAACGUGUGCCAAUCAGCAGUAUCCUACCUGUGAAUUGUUUAACAAGGUGCUACAUGAAACUUCAACUUGUUCUCUUCAGCUUGAAUGUGUCCCAUAUGUGUGAAACAGUCUGAACCCGAGCCCAUCAGAACUUACAACCAGUAAUCCUGCCUUAUACUCUCAUUAGGGCUGAGUAAGGGCCUGUGUCCACUUACAUUUUUUUGCACUGGUGGCAAAGCAAAUGCAGUGCAACAUUUUUAGGAGUCAACGUCCUCACUCAUAAAAAAAACCCAACUUUUGUUGUUUGCUGAUUUUAGCUUCUGGGGUCCCUGCACUCCCACUUGUCAUUCCUUGAUAACAACCAAUCAGAAUCAAGCAGGGGCGAGACUGCUGGUAUCAACUCCAUCAAGAGCAAUGGCCAUUUGCAAGAGAAGCUAACCACACCUGUUUUUGGGAUAUUCCGGCGUAAAAUUAAUUAAGGGUUAAACAUACCGUGGACACAGGCCCUUAGGCUUUGUAUUAGUGGACACAGGCCCUAAAAAUUUUUCUAUUUGACUCAAAAUUCACCAUAUUAGUCAUAGCUAAUCAAUGAAAACAUUGCCAACUAAAUACCUUUUUAUUGACAAACAGCUGAUGUGAAGGAACCUUAACUCUUACUGAACCUUUGACAGAGACUUUUUUAGCACUGCCCUUUACGACUGCGUAUGGCCUUAUACUCAAAUCUUGCAUCUUUAUUAUAAAAAAAAAUAGUUGGAGAGUAUUUCUUUUUUGCUCAGAAAUGGCUGCCGUCUCUGUCUCUCCUUUAACCCUACUUGUCUGUCACUUUGGUCAGUAGCACUGUACUGUUCAAACCCCCUUUCAUUCAUCUGUCCAUUAACCUGUUCUCAUGGUUGUGACAACAUGACCAUCAUAAUUAAAAGGGGGUGGCCAGGACUGUGACAACUCCCCCGAUCAGGACUUCCCUUUGUAGUAAAUGAAACCCCGGCGGAGUUUAAUGGAUAAGGAUCAGAGCCAGGCAGAGACUGUUUGUCUCUCUGUCACACUCGCCUGUGAGUCCAUCUGGUUGCUUUCUCCCCCCUCCCAUGUCAAACAGAGGACCCAGACAGGAGCAGAGGGAGCUGUCUGCGACAGGGUCCCUGAAGGAUUUGGCUCUAUUAACCAGACAUUUGUGUGUGUAUGUGUGUUUGUGCGUGUGUAUACGCUCUGUCUUUUAGUUCUCUCAGGAAAUACUCUGUUGUUUGGACAGGUUGAACCCUUUGAGGUCCUCUCAGUACUUUGCUGGAAAACUGGACCAGUGAUAAAGAUCAACCUGUAAGAUAAAAACAAAAUGCCAUUGCAGUAUUUAGCUGUGAGGGUGUGACGAAGCUCACGCCAAGAACCAGCUGGAGUGGAUUUUUUUUGUCAGUCUUAGGGCUAUUCGGCGGGUUCAAGAUUGGCGAGCUCACUCACUCGACCACAGAGUAGUAUCUGAUUGUAUUUAGUGUGUUUGAUAUUCCAUUAACGCUAAACCGGGCUGAGAUUGUGUAAAAGAAAGCCAUCAGUAUGACCUGUUCAGAGUGUAGAUCUUACACUUUUAUAUUACAGUUUGGGAGAAAUGUGUUGUUUGUAUCGUAAACCUGUAAAGUUGUAUAUAAAACCAACAAUAAUAAAAAAAAAUAUACAAAAAACAAAACCGCUAAAUGUGCAAAGACGUGUACGGAGAUAAAAACGCCUCAUACUAUUCAGUUAACACACACAGGUUUAGCAGCUCAGCUAAGGGAGAGACUUAAAGCUCCUGUGGGGAACUUUUUGCAUGUGUUAGAUUUGGCGCCCCCAGUGGACAAAGCAGUUAUUGCUUACUUUGUCCAAUACAUGCUAAAAAGAAAUCUCAUCUUGCUCAUCCUGACACUCAAAUUAGUCAUUAAUUGGGACUUUUUAUGUGGGUGUUGGUUUUGUUUGAUUUUAAAUGUUGUGAAAAUUCUGUAAUAUGAUUUCCAGUCUGUUUUGUAAACAUGAAAAAUUCCUUAUAGGAGCUUUAAGUAUGAAAAUCUCAGUUUUAUGUAGAGUGAGGAAAGUGAACCUGGUUUUCUAUCAGUAUUUUAUAGUUUGAUCUUUUAUUAAUUUACAGCUUCCUUUGGUUGUGAAAUAAGAACACUUGAUUUUCUGUAUUAUCUUGGUCUGAAAGUUUAAAGGACAUUACUUGGAUUGAGUGCAUAUUAAACAAAUGUCACAAAAAAGUCUGCGUUUUAAACAAAAAAAGGAUGAAAAAACCUCCAUAAAUGUGUUUAAAUUCCUAAAUCUGAUUGUAGAGUGCCUUUGUUUAAUUUACAAUAAAUUCUUUUCUCUCCA